GAAGUGAAUAUGAUCAGUAUUUUAAAAUAAAAUUUUGUACAAUUUGAAGUAGAACACUGUCUCUGCUUCAUCCUUGCAUAAAACCUGUUUGCCUGAAUGCAUGUGCUAAAGUGUAUGAAAUUUGGUUAAAUUGAGAAUUGUUGGUUUCUUAUCAAACGGUAAUUUCCCACGUGGAGACUAGAUCUCCCGUGGGUGGCGUAGUCACCUUUACUGCCACCUCUACACAAGGGUCGUGCAAGGUGCAGUCAGUGUGUCAGAAGUCAAACAAAGAUCAAAGUCAGGAAAAGUGGACACAAUGUCAUAAACAGAUGAAAACAGAACAGAAUGUCAAAGGCUUGGUAUGGUCAGGUAAGUAAACACUGAGCAAAACUCUGUGUGGAGCAGAAGGAGGAAGAGUGCUUAAAUAUGUUUGGUGGUAAUUUGGGGAAUGCAGAACAGGUACAACACUAAUUAGAAUUCAGGAGAGGUAGGGCAGUGUAGAACUUGCUGGGAGUUGUAGCCCAUGGCAGCCAUGCCUGAAGGCUACCGCAAACUCGGAGCUUCCAAGUUAUUCGUGACAGCUGGGCUUGUUUUGUUUUGUUGUGUGUGCUUUAGAGUGACGAAAAGCAUGGCAUAAAAAGAAUCCUCCAUUAAUAAAAAGAACAGCAGUCCAUUUUCUACAUCCUGCAUCCUCAUACACCACCCCAGCAGCCGUAGUUAUAACAAUAAUGGUUUUCAUGCAUGUGUCAGGUUAGCAGGCAACAGAUGGAUAUAAAAGCAGGAAGGACUUUAUUAAAGGUGCACAGGCAAACAAAUCCAUAAUGUAGUCAAAAAUCAGAAUCCAAAAACAGGCAAACAUCAAGCAAUGUGCAAACAGGAUGUCAAAGGCAAUAUCAAAAGGCAAAGUCCAAAAUACACAAACACAAUCAAAACCAGAAACAAGGAACUGAGCCAGACAUAAUUAACUGAGAAAUGACUUUGCAAUGGGCUGUGAAAUCUAAAUUCCUUAAAUAUAUGUGCUGUGGUAAUUGUGAAAAGUGCAUGUAAUUAGAACUCGGGCGACUUUCAGCCGUGAGAUGUGUGAUGGGUCCUGUAGUCCAUGGCAGCCAUGUUUGGAGGCCGCUGUGAACUGUGGGAAGUCUUGAGUGAUGUCAGGUGCAACCGUGACAGCAUGGUACUACACAUCCUCUACAGAUAUGCGAUCUUGCCAAUGACAUAAUUUUUCCUGUAAGUAUGCAUGAAUUCUGAGGCCCAUAAUUUGUUUUACAUGUUUGCUAAAGAUUCUAGUGUAGAUGCUGGUGUAGCAUAGAUGUAGGACUAUUGCAGUAAAAAUCUGAAGAAAUAAAAUAGAUUUUAAACUAUUGGACCAAUCAAAGCAAUCUCAAGGUUCAAAUGACCAAUCACAUGUAACACUGGGUCUGGUUUUCUACUGAACAGAAGGUUAUUAGACCUCACUAUCUCAUUGUCUUAGCAGGAACAAUGAUCACACUCCUUGCUAUUUUUGGCCUCUUCAUCACUGUUAAAACAUCUGACAUAAUUGAGCUGCAAGUGCAAACAGUGAGGCGUGGAGAUAAUGUAACUAUCAAAUGUGAUGAAAACCUGUUGAAAGAUAACCAAGAUAAUUUAGUUUGGUACAAGCAGAGUUUUGGAAAGGUGCCUCAGCAUGUAGCAAGAAAAUUUAAAAACACCUACAGAUUUAAUCCUAAAUUUGAUGAUGGCCACCUUGAUAUUACUCAGGAAGGAAAAAGAUUUGAUAUCAACAUUGUUAGAACCAAAGAAGAGGAUAGUGCAACAUAUUUCUGUACAGAAAUGUUGGACAAUGUAGUCAAGUUUGAAUCUGGAACACUUUUGGCUUUUCAGGCUGAGAAGGCCAACCACCCGGUUCCGACUCUAACGGUUAUCAGCAGUGGAGAGUCUGUCACUCUUCAGUGUUCAGUACAAGUGAUUGCUUCAAGUUGUGCAGGUGAACAGGGCGUGUACUUAUUCAAACAUGGUUCAGGAGAAUCUCAUACAGGACUCAUUUACACUCCUGGAGACAGCAGUGCUCAGUGUAAAAGGAGCUCUAAGGAUGGUUUUCCCACACAGAGCUGCAGCUAUACCCUGCUGAAGAGCAGCAUUGGAUACGCUGAUGCUGGAAUUUACCACUGUGCUGUGGCUGCUUGUGGAAGGAUCUUCUUUGGGAUUGGAACAAAAGUUGAUUUAAAAGAAAGCAACCACUGGAAUGUCAUUGUCUUGACAGCGUCUAAUAUAAUAUCUGGUAUUAUAAUCAUUGUUCUGGUUGGAGUUAUAUUUAAAAAUAGGAAAGGUGCCACCAAUAGCCAUCCACGUCCCACAAAACAGGCUGAAACUGACUUGAACUAUGCAGCUGUGACUUUUGCGAAGAAACCUUCUUCCUCCAGAAUGCCGUCAAGAGUCAACACUGAUCACGACACUUAUGCACAGGUCAAAAUACAUUAGCAAAAAGAACACCUGUGAAAAUUAUUCCUCCGUUUUGUAUAAAUUGUUGUCUCAGAUACAAUUUAUUCAUGUUCAAAGCAUGAACCAAAAGAUGGUAGACAAGCUGUACUGCUGCUGCUGCUGCUGAUUAUUAUUAUUAUUAUUAUUAUUAUUAUUA